UCUAUAUAAUCCACAGUUCUGGCCAGAAAAUGUGGGAAUAGGAAGAUUUAAUAUGCAAUUAUACAAGAAAAGAUGUCCAGAAAAUUCUUUUUUUUAGGAAAUAGAAACCUAAAAUUAGAGAAAAGAUUUCAAGAAAAAGGAAAACAUAAUGAAACAAAUAUACUACAUAUUGGCACUCAGAAACCAUCGAAACCAUCUUUUGCGAUUAUCCACCAGAAUAUUCAGUCAAUAGGAAAUGCAGUUGACCAAUUAGAAGUGUUCCUCCAAGACCAUAAAGAAUGUGAAGUGCUAUGUUUGAGUGAACAUUGGAAAACAGGAGAACAACUGAUGAAUUACUCAAUAGCAAACUACAACCUGUUAAGCUCUUUCUGCAGAGGAGAAAAAAUACAUGGUGGAAGCGCCAUAUAUGUAGGAAAGAACAUGAAGAACUUCCAAAAUAGGGAAAAAAUAGUACAAAUGUCGGAAAUAGGGCACAUUGAAUGCGCUGCAAUUGAAGACCACAGUGCACAACAAAUAAAUAUAUGGAAGAAUGAAGUAGACAAAUACAACAUAUACAGAAGACAUUUCACAUCCCAAAACAGGAAGGUAUUCAGAGAAAAGUUGGAAAGUUGUUGUUGGAGUGAAAUAUAUACCAUAGAAGAAGAAAAUGUAAACAGACAGUGGAUGACGUUCUACUCAAAGUUUCUCAAAUUGUUCAAUGAGACAUUCCCCAAGAAAAAAUCAAGGAUUAGAAGGAAAACCUAUAUCAACAGAAACCAUCCUGAAAUCAAAAAUGCAGCAUACUAAGUAAGAACCAACAUGGAUUCAUCAAAGGCAAAUCGACAAAUACAGCCAUUUUCCAAUUCAUCAGGAAAAUAGUGGAAACUCUGGAGGAGAAAGUUAACAUCUUUGGACUAUUUCUGGAUCUCUCAAAGGCAUAUGAUAGCGUCGAUCACGAGAUACUGCUGGAAAUA